GUCAUGUCCUUGUUUGUGCUGUUUAAUCAGCGAUUGGAAAAAUAACAGGUAGUCUUGUUCGUCAGCCUUCACACUCACACACACACACACACACACACGGGAGAACAGAGGAGGAGUAGGUGGAGAUGUUGUGGGGGGAAAAGUAGAGCAGACAUAAAAUCUGAAUAAACCUGCUUUGACUCAGCGGUCGGUUCAGGUCCUGCGCGGCUGACAGAAGCAGCAGUCGGCUGGGUGCAGCAGCAGCAGCCGGACACACACACACACACACACACACAGUCACCGCAGUCAGUCAGUCAGUCAGUGGAGUCUGUGAAUGUGUUGAUGACACACACUGUUGCUGUGUGUAGUGUCUGUAUGUGUGUGUGGGCUUCCGUCAGCUCCCCUCUCCGCCGCCUGUGGACUGAUGCUCGCCUGAGUUUUGGACCCGGAGAAGAAGCCUCUACUGUGGAUAUGGAAUGGUGCAUGCUGCUGGGCCAAGUGUGCAGCCUCUGAACAACACCACCAUCAUGGACAGUCACCCGCUGUGCACUAGACUUUGUCCACACAGUCUGGACAAAGAAGAUGGCGUGGAAAGGCAAGGUCCCAUCACUUUCAACCAUCGACACAUGAGGAAGGCGUUCAAAGUCAUGAACGAGCUGCGCAGCCAGAAUCUGUUGUGUGAUGUGACCAUCGUGGCAGAGGAUGUAGAGAUUGCUGCUCACAGAGUGGUUCUGGCUGCUGGGAGCCCUUACUUCCACGCCAUGUUCACAGGGGAGAUGGCGGAGAGUAGGGCCAAGCGAGUGAGGAUAAAGGAGAUGGAUGGUUGGACUCUGGGCCUGCUGGUCGACUACAUCUACACAGCAGAGAUACAGGUCACAGAGGACAACGUGCAGGCGUUACUACCUGCUGCGGGCCUGUUGCAGCUGAAUGAGGUGAAAAAGGCGUGUUGUGAGUUUCUGAGCUCUCAGCUUCAUCCGUCCAACUGUCUGGGAAUACGAGCCUUCGCUGACCUGCACGCCUGCUCUCAGCUUCUCACGCAGGCCAACAGCUACGCAGAACAACAUUUCACUGAAGUGGUUGGGAGUGAAGAGUUUCUGAAUUUAGGCAUGGAUCAAGUGUCCAGCCUCAUCGCGAGUGACAAGCUCACCAUUCCCACAGAAGAGAAGGUUUUUGAAGCAGUCAUCGCUUGGGUCAACCAUGAUAAAGAUGUGCGUCAGGAACACUUGGCUCACCUGAUGGAGCACGUCCGCCUGCCUCUCCUCUCCAGAGAGUAUCUGGUGCAGCGGGUGGAGGAGGAGUCUCUGAUUAAGAAUAGCAGUGCGUGUAAAGACUACCUGAUUGAAGCCAUGAAGUACCACCUGCUGCCCGCUGACCAGAGAGCUCUGAUGAAGACUGCACGCACACGCAUGAGGACGCCAGCCUGCUGUCCUAAGGUGAUGGUGGUGGUCGGAGGCCAGGCUCCCAAGGCCAUCCGCAGCGUUGAAUGUUACGAUUUUGAGGAGCAGCGAUGGUACCAGGUGGCUGAACUCCCCACCAGGAGGUGCAGAGCAGGCGUGGUGUACGUGAGUGGCUGCGUGUACGCGGUGGGCGGCUUCAACGGUUCUCUGCGCGUAAGGACAGUGGACUGCUACGACCCGAUGAUGGACCGCUGGACCAGUGUGAGCAGCAUGCAGGACCGGCGGUCCACGCUCGGCGCCGCCGUGCUCAAUGGACUCCUGUACGCCGUGGGAGGCUUCGAUGGCAGCACAGGUUUAUCAACAGUUGAGGCGUAUAACGCGAAAACAGACGAAUGGUUUCAUGUGUUACCCAUGAGUACCCGGCGCAGCAGUGUGGGAGUGGGUGUCGUAAAUGGGAUCCUGUAUGCAAUAGGAGGUUAUGAUGGAGCCACCAGACAAUGUCUGAGUACAGUGGAAGCUUACAACCCGAAAAACAACACGUGGAACUACAUCGCUGAGAUGGGCACAAGACGCAGUGGAGCAGGUGUAGGUGUGUUAAAAGGUUUACUCUAUGCUGUGGGGGGGCAUGACGGUCCCUUAGUGAGGAAGAGCUGUGAAGUUUAUGAUCCGGCCUCAAACAGCUGGCGACAAGUAGCUGACAUGAACAUGUGUCGACGCAACGCAGGUGUGUGCGCCGUAAACAACCUGCUGUACGUGGUGGGAGGCGACGACGGCAGCUGUAACUUGGCUUCGGUGGAGUUCUACAAUCCCAACUCGGACAAGUGGACGCUGCUGCCCACCUGCAUGAGCACGGGUCGCAGUUAUGCAGGCGUGACUGUGAUUGACAAGCCCUUAUGACCGCUCUUAACACCUGCCACUGAUUUGGAGCAGAACGUAUUCUCCUGCUGAAUACUGAUCUUGGAUCUGUUUAUGAUGCCAGUGCGUGGAUGUUUGGGCAGCACUAGCACAGGCACUUACACAGGUGAAGGAAACAAGGACAAGAUUGUUGUUGUUGAAGAUGCUGAUGCUGAUGAUGAUGAUGAUGAUGAUGAUGAUGAUGAUGAUGAUUUUUGCACUUGCCUGAACGGGGGGAGCUGUAACGAGCGGGGAGAGAUGGAACCUGUGGUUUAAAUCCCCCGCUGGAAGGACUGCGGCCGCGGCUGGACAAACCAGUUUGAAGCACCACUGUAUCAAUGCAGUGCCAUUGAAAUGCUACUGAAAUGAAGCUACUGUAACUGCAAAAGGUUACUUUAACAUGACUAUAUGUUAACAAGACACAGCUCUGAGAAAGACCACUGAUCUAAUCCAUGGGAGAGGAAGGCAGAAAAAUGACCAUUCUCAACUGGACUGAAAAUCUUUGUUUCUCCUUUGUUUUUAUUCUUCUUUAGAAGUGUGUGUUUUUGAGUGUGUGUGUGUGUGUGUGUGUGUGUGUGUGUGUGUGUGUGUGUGUGUGUGUGUGUGUGUGUGUGUGUGUGUGUGUGUGUGUGUGUGUGUGUGUGUGUGUGUGUGUGUGUGUGUGUGUGUGUGUGUGUGUGUGUGUGUGCGUGCGUGUGCUUGCCUUUUAAAGGUGCUCCACUGCUUGCACACGUGAACAUGUGAGCAUGUAUGUUUGUGUGCAUCUGUGUGGUGACGCCUGGUCCGACGCCGCAUGAGCGCACUCUGUCUGACUUCUUGAUCUUUACAGUUUUGCAGUGUUGCUGUUCAAGAGUGCCUGAAUGUCAAAGUUACACCCUCCUCCUCCUCCUCCUCCUUCUCUUCUUCUCCUCUUCUUCUCCUUUGUUAUGCCUUGAGUACUGUUACUGGACAGAGCACAGCUGAAAAAACGUUUUGAGAAGUGACGUUAGAGAAGUGGGGAGUUUGGGUCGCUUUAGUCCGCAUGAAUUCAGAACAGCUACGUUAGAAGCAGAUGCAGAAAAUGUACUCUCUUUUUUUUUCUCUCUCUUUCUUUUAAACAAAGAAGGACGUUCAUUGGAAUUCUAACUCUUCUGGCAAAGGAGAAGCCUUGUUUAGUUUUUACCAAACACAGUUACAAAGGGCAAAGCUGUUGAAGAGUCAAACAGUUGGAUGUAUCAGUUCUUUGGCGUCACCUGGAAGCCGUCGUCGUGACAACAACAGCCUGAACUCACUGCAUGGUCCCUGUCUCUAACCUCUUAUUCUUAAACAGUGCCCUCUUCUCUUUUGGUGUAGCAACCCUAUUAACUACUGCACACCCUGACGUACUAUGAAUGUGCCAAUUUUUAAUGUAUUCUUUUCUUUUUCUGUCUCUCUUUAUUACUCUAAUAAUCUGUUCUCUCUCUCUCUCUCUCUCUCUCUCUCUCUCUCUCUCUCUCUCUGGAAAGUGACCAAACCUACUCUUCAUUUCUUUCUCUCUCUCUCCCUGUCUCUCUCUGUCUCUCUCUCUUCUGUCUCCGGUUAUAUUGAAAAUUGCUACAAUAGUAACUGUUUUUGCUGUUUCUUGUCAGUGUAUUGAGGAAUGUCACGUAGGCUAAUGACUUUGAAAAUGUUUCAUUACUUGUUUUAUAUUAUCAUUAAUAAAUAUGCUUCUUGUA